UUCAUACACAAAGAUCGGGGGUUUUUAGGCAAACUGGCAACGGGAGCCGGGAGCUUGAGCCACGAGACAAGCGUUGGAGUUCAUCUACGCUGUACAGUAAGGACAAACAAUUGCCGCUUUCCACGCCUCCUUCGCAAUCCACUGACAAGAGUUCGAGUUCUUCGAUCGAAAAUGGCUUAAAUUAACCCUAAAUUGCUCCCAAUUGCAAGCAUCUCGAUCGAACGGCGACUUCUCUUGUACUCGCCUAAUAAAUUGUUCUAGUCAGCAGCUUAUUCGGAUCGUAUUCAAUUCGUUCGUUCAAUCCGAAUUAGUUAUGUGAGAAGUGUUCCGACCAGUUAUGGCGAUUCGAGCGUGUUUGUUGAUUUUGUUUGCGGCGGCGAGCGCUCUGUGCGCGGAAUCGAAGUUCACGGUGUACAACACUUCGCACGUCGUUGUGCCGGGGAAGCUCAACGUUCACUUGGUUCCUCACUCGCACGACGACGUUGGAUGGUUGAAGACUGUCGACCAGUACUACGUUGGUUCCAACAACUCCAUUCAGGGGGCGUGUGUUCAGAAUGUACUGGACUCGCUGAUUCCAUCGUUGCUGGCCGAUAAAAAUAGGAAGUUCAUUUUCGUUGAACAGGCCUUUUUCCAGCGUUGGUGGAGGGGCCAGAGUAAGGCAAUGCAGAGUACAGUCAAGCAGCUUAUCAGCUCGGGUCAAUUAGAGCUCAUAAACGGGGGCAUGUGCAUGCAUGAUGAGGCAGCUCCUCAUUACAUCGACAUGAUAGAUCAGACUACACUUGGGCAUCGGUUUAUCAAAGAGGAGUUCAAUGUGACCCCGAGAAUUGGCUGGCAAAUUGAUCCUUUUGGACAUUCUGCAGUGCAGGCUUACCUUUUGGGGGCAGAGGUUGGAUUUGACUCUCUUUUCUUCGGGCGUAUUGACUACCAAGACAGAGCUAAGCGAAAAAGUGAGAAGAGUCUGGAGGUUGUCUGGCGUGGCUCCAAGAGUCUUGGUUCAUCUGCGCAGAUUUUUGCUGGUGCAUUCCCAGAGAAUUAUGAACCUCCAAGUGGUUUUUAUUUUGAAGUUAAUGAUGAUUCCCCUAUUGUCCAGGAUGAUAUCGAUCUGUUUGAUUACAAUGUCCACGAGCGUGUCAAUGCUUUUGUAGCUGCUGCUUUAUCACAGGCUAACAUAACACGGACAAAUCACGUAAUGUGGACCAUGGGCACGGAUUUCAAGUAUCAGUAUGCUGAAACAUGGUUCAGGAAUAUGGACAAGCUAAUUCAUUAUGUCAAUCAAGAUGGACGUGUCAAUGCACUAUAUUCGACCCCAUCAAUUUACACUGAUGCAAAAUAUGGAGAAAAUGAAUCAUGGCCGCUUAAGACAGAUGACUUCUUCCCAUAUGCAGACCGUAUAAAUGCUUACUGGACAGGAUAUUUUACAAGCAGACCUGCUCUGAAACGCUAUGUGAGAAUGAUGAGCGGCUACUAUCUGGCUGCAAGACAAUUGGAGUUCUUUGUUGGUAGGAGUAGAACAAGGCCCACUACAGACAGUUUGGCUGAUGCUUUAGCAAUUGCUCAACAUCAUGAUGCAGUCAGUGGCACUGAAAAGCAACAUGUGGCUAAUGAUUAUGCAAAAAGGCUGUCAAUAGGCUACAAGGAGGCUGAGGAGUUAGUUGCCACUUCAAUUGCCUGUUUGGUAGAAUCAACAUCAAAAUCUGGAUGCAGGAGUGCAGCAACCAAGUUUGAGCAGUGUCCGCUUUUGAACAUAAGUUAUUGUCCAGCAACAGAAAUUGAUCUAAAUCUUGGCAAAAAGUUGGUUGUCAUUGUCUACAAUUCCUUGGGGUGGAAAAGAGAUGAUGUUGUAAGAAUUCCUGUCAUCAAUGGGAAUGCCACUGUUCAGGAUUCCAGUGGAAAAGAAAUUGAAUCACAACUUCUACCACUUGCUAAUACUUCUCUAGGCAUUAGAAACUUGUAUGCUACUGCAUAUGAGGGUAAAUCUCCAACUACCGAGCCCAGGUAUUGGCUUGCAUUUACAGCAUCUGUUCCACCUCUUGGUUUCAGCACAUACGUCAUCUCAGCUGCUAAACAGACAGCUUCUAGUUUAGCUGCACAAGCCUCUUAUGAGUCCAUGCGAAGUCAAAGUGACAGUAUCGAAGUAGGCCCUGGAAAUCUGAAGCUUGUUUAUUCUACCAAUGAAGGGAAACUUACUGAAUAUAUUAAUAAAAAACACUUGGUCCAAGCAUCUAUACAGCAAUCCUACAGCUAUUAUGCUGCAUAUGAUGGUAGUCAGGAUACUGAGUAUUUUCAGGCCUCUGGAGCAUAUAUCUUUCGUCCAAAUUAUACAGUCCCCAUUUCAUCUAAAGGGCAGAUUCCCUUUACAGUGUUGCGUGGACCAAUAUAUGAUGAAGUCCAUCAGAGGAUCAAUUCAUGGAUAAAUCAGAUCACUAGAGUGUACAAGGAAAAGGAGCAUGCUGAAGUUGAAUUUACUGUUGGCCCCAUACCUGUUGAUGAUGGAAUUGGAAAAGAGAUUGUAACCCAGGUUUCAACAACAUUGAAAAGCAAUAAGACAUUUUAUACAGAUUCUAAUGGACGUGAUUUCAUUAAAAGGAUUCGAGAUUAUAGAGCUGACUGGAAACUUGAAGUUAACCAACCUGUUGCAGGAAACUACUACCCUAUAAAUCUUGGGAUCUACAUGAAAGAUGACAGCAAAGAGGUCUCCGUCUUAGUAGACAGAUCUGUGGGUGGAUCCAGCAUUGUGGACGGCCAACUGGAAUUGAUGCUUCACAGGAGAUUGCUUCAUGAUGAUGGUAGAGGUGUUGCUGAGGCACUAAAUGAAACAGAUUGCAUUGGUGACAAGUGCUUUGGGUUAACAAUCCAAGGGAAGUACUAUCUCAGAAUUGAUCCUCUUGGAGAAGGUGCAAAGUGGCGUCGGUCAUUUGGUCAGGAGAUAUAUUCUCCAUUUCUGUUGGCCUUCACUGAGCAGGAUGGAGACAAAUGGACAAAUUUUCCAGUGCCAAUCUAUUCAGGGAUGGAUCCCUCUUACAGCCUGCCUGAUAAUAUUGCAAUACUAACCCUCCAGGAGCUUGAAGAUGGAAAAGUGCUUCUUCGGUUGGCACACUUAUAUGAGAUUGGAGAAGAUAAAGAUCUCUCAGUUGUGGCAAGCGUGGACUUGAAAAAAUUGUUUCAUGAUAAGAAGAUAACCAAAAUUACAGAAAUGAGUUUAUCAGCCAAUCAAGAAAAAGAAGAGAUGUUGAAGAAAAGAUUGGUUUGGGAAGUACAAGACUCUCAGGAUGAAGAAUUCAAAGUAUUGAGAGGAGGUCCUGUUGAUCCUGUAAAGCAGGUGGUGGAACUUGCACCAAUGGAAAUCCGCACCUUCAUUGUCGACUUAGCAAAAUUGUCGACUUUAAUUGAAAACAGCUUCAUACUCUGAGGUUAGGUUAGGAAGCAAGUGGGUUUGAUAAACUUUGUUCAGCCCACUGCCCAGCAGCAGCACAAGCAAUUGGGUUUUGCAGGUUAAGAAGCCCUCUGUUGAAGCUGUGAAAGUGAACCACUCUACAGGUGUUCUGUAAUCCCUGAAGCCUUCUCUUUGUUUUGUACAAGGAAAGCAGUAUUGAGAAUUGAGUACUGAGUGAAUAAUGUUUGAGUAAAUGAUAAAGAAACUAAAUAUCUCAUGGUCCACAUUACUUUUUAGGUUUA